AUGAGAGUGCCUAUUAUUGAGAUUGGGAGUGCGAUUGCCAGCUUCGUUCUUGUGGAGUCUCCGCUCGAGUGCCGAGUGGAAGUCGUAGUAGGGCUAUUGGUUGCAGACGGAGAGGUUGUUGUCGCUGUUGUGCUACUAGCUGGAGAUGACGUUGAGGAAACGGAGAAUAAUGAAGUCGAAGUGGACGUUGAGGCUGAAGUCGAAGUUGCUAUCGAUGUCGAUGAUUCCGAUGUCAACAGAUCUGACGAGAUUCCGGAGAUGAGUGUGCUCAAUAUGCUUCCAGAAUUGGAGUCCGAUGAGGCGUCCGCUGUUUGUGUCGGUGUGAUCGUCACCGGUAUAUCAUAA